AGACUUAAGAAUAUUAAAAUGUUUUCAUGUAGCUGACACGUAAAAAGUUUCCUCAGUCAAAUCCUACAUGCAGAAUGGCUGACACUUACCAUUUGGCAUGCGAAGCGGCUGACAAGCUCAUCAGAUAUUUGCAAUCCAUUAGAAUUGCGGAAAUACGCCAAUCUAUGGAAUUUAUUGGUGUCCAUCAGGUUGAGAUUGUUAUCGCUGUAUUCGUUUUUCUGGCACUGCAGUUUACGAAAUUCACCGUUGUUCUCUUGCUUGCCUGCCUUAUAGCCUUUACCAUAUUCUACAUGUGGGACACUCUCUUUCCCGAUCUGGCAGAGGAUCAAUACAGAAAAAAUAAAGGCAAUGGCUUCGAACAAUAUGGAGCUGGCUAUGGUCCCAACUAUGGACCGCGAUACGGUCAUGAUCGGUCCGUUGGCACCGGCCCCAGCGUUUCCUAUUUAAAUAAUGACUUUGCCUCUCGAGAUGCGCGAACAUCCGCCCUAUUCCCUCCAUUCAACUUCACCGAUGAAGACCUGUUGCACGGCGACCAGUCCAACUAUCAGAACGCGAAAAGUGAAUAUUUUAGGGAUCGUGGCCUUGGGAAUCGAGAUCAUAUGCGCCCGCAAAGAAGAUCUAACCUACCGGGCAAUAUGACACCUGUUGGUCACCUGGGCUCAAACAGUGAAAUGCGAUCUCAUCGUCGGCCAUACAGCCAAAUGGAUGACCAUCGAUAUAUGAGGCGUAAUGAUCGUGUGAAUGAUCCGCAAGCAUUUCGCAGGAUGAUCGCAAACGAAUAUCGAGCCUAUCGACCAGGGACAGCAACUGAAAAUCUAGCCCAUUACAGACAUCCACAUCCUAACGAUGAUACGAGAAUGAAGCGAAUCGGCACACAAAGCGCUGUCGACGAUCGGCAGGGCAAGAACCGCAGGAGCUCAGAGAAGUCCACUUCACAAAAGAGAUAUCCACCAAGCGAACUGCCAGAACGUUAUAGAACUGGGUCGCGAGAGAAUAUACGCAGAAUUCGCAAUUUCUCCCAAGGACCGUCGCCUCGAGCGAGCGGAGCACCUGGCCGUUUCGAUCCCAGCAGUCCACAUAACAAUGCCGAUAGUCGAGGCGCGAAGCGAAAAUCAGAUUAUCAAUAUACAAAAAGAGAAGGUCGCUGGGGCCAGUAUUAAUAUGGAUAAAAAAAAUUGCAAUAACAAGAAUGCCGUUUCACAAGAUCAACAAUCAACAUUGGCAUGUGAUUGCAAUAAGAAAGACGAUGGAAAUCCUUGCGGUUGCCAAGAUGACGUUCAAAUGCCCGCCGUCAAAUCAGGCAUCGUUUAUCCAUAUGUUAUCGAGCCGGUAUAUGAUAGCAACGAGCGGCUGACGACUCAAAAAAAAAAAGAGAUUCAACCAAAAUUACCAACUCAGCAAUCAAACGAU